GUAGGUAAUCUAGUGACGGACUUCAUGGAACUGUGCUUGGGAGCAGUUCUGUUGUGGGUCCUGGUGUUGGACUGCUGUGGUUGGGUUGAGGCUGGUAUCCUCUACCGGGUCCAGGAGGAGCAGCCCCCCAGCACGCUGAUAGGCAGCCUGGCAUCAGACCAGGGCCUGCCAGACUCUGGUCACCUGUACAAGCUGGAGGUGGGCGCUCCGUACCUGCGUGUGGAUGGGAAGACAGGGGACAUCUUCACCACAGAGAUCCCCAUGGACAGGGAGACACUGAGGGACUGCCGCAGUAUGGUCAGGGGCAAGCCCUGCUUCCUGGAGUUUGAAGUGUCUGUCACAGACCUAAUCCACAACCAGAGCCCGAGGCUCAUCGAGGGCCGAAUCGAGGUCCAGGACAUCAAUGACAACACGCCGCAGUUCCCCUCCCCCGUGCUCACCAUCUCUGUCCCAGAAAACACCCACUUGGGAGCGCUGUUCUCCAUCCCCCUGGCCACAGACAGGGACUCGGAGAGGAACAGGGUGGCGGACUACGCCCUCAUCGCUGGGCCAGAUGCAGCGACGCUCUUCGGCCUGCAGGUGGCGGAAGACAGGGGGGAGAAGCUGCCCCAGCUCAUCGUCCUGGGCAGUCUGGACCGGGAGCUCAAGGACUCGUACGACCUGACAAUCAAAGCUGUGGACGGAGGUAACCCCCAGCGCUAUAGCAGUGCCUUGCUGAGAGUGGUGGUUGCUGAUGCUAACGAUAAUGCUCCGAAGUUUGAGAAGGCCACGUACGAGGCUGAGGUUUCAGAAAACAGCCCUGUGGGACACUCUGUUUUGCAGGUAAAACAUUAUUUUAAUAUUGCAGAGUGAUCAAUGUGUUGUGUACGCUACUGUAUAGAUUGUAUACAACUUUGACUGUGAGAAGACAAAGUGGUUAAAUCCACAACUCAUUAGGGUCCAACAUGCAGUGCUGGGUUUCUAGGCUUUUACCAUGAUGAAAUGCCUGAAUGAUGUUACUGAAUAUAUAAUUUCACAGUGUAGUCUUAUUGAACUGCUGCCAAAAGCAGCAAAGCUUAGCCAAUUCGUUGAAUGUUUUUUGAACAAUUAGCCCACUCAAUAAAGUUUCUUCCCGAGUGGGUAUUUUGGUUGACAGUUUUGAGUCAAAUAAACCCUCAGUUUACAUAUAUUUUCAUUACACACGUGUCUCUCUGAAGCUGGGAUGGUGUGUUCUGAUAUUAUGGCAAAAAAUGUUUAUAAUAUGCACAUUUAGACUCCCUUGCUUAUUGCCCUCCUGCUGUAAGUUAACUUCAAUGACAUGGGGCCGUAAACCUAAACCCCUUACCCAUACCUCCAUAUGCUAACAUAAUCCCUGAAUUCUUACCCUGAUCCCAACCUCUAACCUAAUCCCUUGUCUCUGAUUGCAGGUAAAAGCCAAUGACUCUGACAUGGGCCCCAAUGGAGAGAUAGAAUAUACACUACACCAGGCAUUAGACCCAGUGCCAAAACUCCUGCGAAUUGAUCGCUCCACUGGCAUCAUCUAUGUCAAAGGGCCCUUGGAUCGGGAGGAAAUCAGCGAUUUGACAUUCUACGUAGUGGCCAGGGACAAGGGUCCCCAACCCAAAAGCUCCAAGACCUUUGUUACAAUCCAGGUGACUGACCAGAACGACAAUUCCCCUGCUGUAGAGAUCCGUGGGAUCGGCCUGGUGACCCACAGUGACGGGGUGGCGAACAUAUCAGAGGACAUGCCCGUGGGCACAGCGGUGGCCCUCGUCCAGGUGUCUGACAGGGACGAGGGGGAGAAUGCGGUGGUCACCUGUGUGGUGGCGGGGGACGUACCCUUCCAGCUGCGCCCGGCUAGUGACUCGUCCACUAACAAGAGGAAGUACUUUCUGCAGACUACAACCCCCUUGGACUAUGAGAGGGUCAGGGAAUACCGUGUGGAGAUUGUGGCUGUUGACUCUGGCAACCCAGCUCUCUCCAGUACUAACUCAUUGAAGGUGCAGGUGACUGAUGUUAACGACAACUCCCCAGUGUUUUCCCCGGCCCUGUUUGAGGUUGCCUUUGCAGAGGAGAACCAGCCAGGGGACAAGGUUGUGGAUGUGGUUGCCACGGACGCUGAUAGCGGCACUAACGCAGAGCUGGUCUACAGCAUCGUAGCAGACACAUCUACCAGGGGCCUGUUUGAGAUUGACCCCGUUUCAGGGGAGGUAAGGGCACGGAGCCCACUGGACAGAGAGCAUAAAGAACGCUAUGAGUUCCGGGUCACCGCGUCCGAUAAAGGCUCCCCCAGUCACAGAGGAACAGCCACGGUUGUGGUCAAAGUGCUGGACCGUAAUGACAACGACCCCAAGUUCAUGCUGAGUGGCUACAGCUUCUCUGUUCUGGAGAACAUGCCCCCACUCAGCGCCGUUGGCAUGGUGACUGUGCUGGACAUGGAUCAGGGAGAGAACGCCAGAGUGCAGCUCUCUGUGGAUCCGGACGGAGGGAAGUUUGUGAUUCAGAAUGGAACAGGAACCAUCCUGUCCAGCAUCUCCUUUGACCGGGAGAAGGAGAGCAGCUACACCUUCCGUCUGAAGGCCGUGGACGGGGGAGAGCCUCCCAGGUCCUCCUAUGUAGGCGUUACCAUCAAUGUCCUGGAUGAAAACGACAAUGAUCCUGUGGUCACCAAGCCCUCCAACUCCUCCUUCAGACUCCUGUCCCCUCUAGCUGCCCCAGACAGCCGUGUGGAGCUAGUGGAGGCUGAAGACCUGGACACUGGGCCCAAUGCAGAGCUGGUCUUCAGCAUCACUGGAGGAAACCCUUAUGAACUCUUCAGCAUCUCCUCCACUACUGGGGAGAUCACCCUGGCCAAGGAGCUGACGCAGAAACAUGGUGGGCUCCAUCGCCUGGUGGUGAGGGUGAGUGACGAGGGCAAGCCCGCACGCCACGCCACUGCCAUGGUGCACAUCUAUGUCAACGAGACCAUCGCUAAUGUCAGCCUGGUGGAAGCGCUGGUGGGACACAGUCUCUACACCCCUCUGGAGACAGACAUCGCUGGUGACCCAGACCACAGCCUGGCGGCCCAGCGCAGUAACAUUGUGUACGGAAGCCUGGCAGGAGUGGCGGGCGUUGUCAUGGUGAUCAUAGUGGUGGUGUUUAUCCGCCACCGCAUUCAGAGGGAAACGAAGAGCGGCUAUCAGGCUGGCAAGAAGGAGACCAAGGACCUUUACGCCCCCAAGCAGGGACCAAAGAACGGCAAAGGCAAGAGGGGCAGGAAAGGAAAGCCCUCCAAGGCCCCCAAGCCCUUGGGAGAAGAGGAGGAGGUCAGCCUCCAGAAGAGUCUCAAGUUCAACCUGGAUGGGGUCAAUGACAGCCCCAGGAUCCACCUGCCCCUGACAUACCCCCCAGGCAGCCCUGACCUUGGCAGACACUACCGCUCCAACUCUCCCCUGCCAUCCAUCCAGCUGCAGGCCCAGUCCCCCUCGGCCUCCCAGAAGCAUCAGGCGGUCCAGGACCUCCCUGCCACCAACACCUUCGUAGGGACUGGAGGAGACGACAACUCAACAGGCUCAGACCAGUACUCGGAUUAUAGCUACAAGGCCAGCCAGCCAAAGUACAACAGCAAGCAGGUAAGAGCCAGAGCUUCGAAAGCAAAUAUAUAUUUUUUUAAUUGCCUGUGA